AUUGGAUAGACUUGACCAAACGAUGGAUGGAAAUAUGGAAUCCAAGGAAUGCUCAGGGCAGCCCCUCCUUGUAUAAAUACGGACGCCCAUUCCGAUUUCCAAUCCAACAGCUAGCCUCAGCCACAACGAAACACACACUCCAUUCGCUUCCAUUCCCGAAGCCUCAGCCGGCGCAUGGAUCAUCAUCAUUAUCAAAGCCUCCAAGGUGCUGUGGCGACCAUGGCGCUUCUCUGUCUGGUGCUGUCGCCGGCGGCAGAGGCUGUGCCGUCCUCCCUGUGGGUGUUCGGGGACUCUUACGCGGACACGGGCAACCUUGGUGACCUCGGGCGGGAGCUGACCCACGCGUGGUACGACCCCUACGGCCUCACCUUCCCCGGCCACCCCACCGGCCGCUUCUCCGACGGCCGCACCCUCACCGACUUCAUAGCUUCGGCGAUGGGAGUCCCGACGCCGGUGGCGUACAAGCUGCGCCGGGGCGCCUCCCGAAGGGUGCUGCCGCGCGGCAUGAACUUCGCCGUCGGCGGCGCGGGCGUGCUUGACACCGGCAACUUCCAGCGCAACAUCAGCGCCCAGAUCGACCUGUUCCAGGCGCAGCAUCGUCCCGCUGCUCCUGACGCCGGGAUCGCGGUCGUCGUCGUCUCCGGCAACGACUACUCCUACGCCGCGGACAAGGGCAACAGCACAAACGCUGCGAUCGCGUACAUCCCGACGGUGGUGCGGCAGCUCCGGGAGCAGCUGCGGCGGCUGCGCGACGAGGUGGGGAUGCGCAAGGUGGUGGUGACGAACCUGCACCCGAUGGGGUGCACGCCGCUCUUCACCCGCGCGCUCAACUACAGCGGCUGCGACCCGCUGGCCAACAUGGGCGCCGUGCAGCACAACGCCGCUCUCCAGUCCGUGCUCGCCGCGCUCGACCCCGCCAACCGCACCUUCCUCCUCCUCGACCUCAACGCGCCCUUCGCCGCCUUGGUCGACUCGCCGUCGCCGGAGAGCAGCCGCGUUGGUCGGUUCGCGGAGCCGAGGCGGCCGUGCUGCGAGAGCUUGAGCGCCGACGGCUACUGCGGGCAGCAGGACGAGGACGGCAAGAGGCAGUACACGCUGUGCAGCGACCCCGGGGAGCACUUCUACUGGGACGACGUGCACCCCACGCAGGCCGCCUGGGCCGCCGUCGCUCAAACAUUCAGGCCCAAGAUCCACGACUUCCUCUCUGCCUGACCUUUGCUUUUCUCCUGCCUGCACUGCCCAAAGCUAACAACCAAGAGGUUAAACCCAACCCAUCAUUACUGAAUUUCUCCUGUUACUGUUUCUCCAAAUGACUAAAUCAUUUUUGGAAAUUAACUUGUACUCCAUCUCAUCUCUUGUGCCUAUACUUGUUGCACUUUUACUAGUACCUUACAA